CGUCAUCCUCAUCGGUGGCUUGUUGGAAAGCCGUUUCUUCCCACCCUCUACCUCUCAGAUUUCGUCCUUCUCUCCCCUUGUUCGCCUCUACCUCUCAGAUUUCGUCCUCCCUGAGAAACCCUAAUUUUGUUCCGCCUCCUCCAUCUUCUCCUGCUUGUGAGGAGAAAGAUUCAUACAGGAUUUGGCGGUUUUUCUUCCCUAGGGUCCUUCUUUAUCUGACAUAGUCAUUUCUUGUCGAGUGAAUCUUUGGGCGUAUACAGAUUUUGGAGAUCGAUGGCAGCCAAACCAGCACUGACAAACGAAGCUAUUGCUCUCACCGAGAAGAAGAUAGAUAUGACCCUAGAUGACAUUAUUAAGAUGUCCAAGAAACCUGUUUCAAAGGGAAAGAAUGCGAGGAUAGCAAAUAAGAACAGAGGUUUCAUAAACAACGGCACUUCCCAAACACGUGCUUCAAACCUUAAACGAUUUGCUGAUUCGAGGUCAACCCUUCGGCAGGGUGUUCUUGCUCAGAGGAGAUCUAAUUUUAAAGCUGACACUCAAUUCCCCUUAGCAGUAGAAGCUGCUCGAAAAGUCGCAAAUGAACCCGUGCGAAUGAGGGUGCCGAACUGGCGCAGGACAAGACAAAUGCCAGCUGCCCAGAUGAAGGUUGGACAAGUCUCUUCUGCUUAUCCUGCAAAGGUGGUGAAGCCGUCAAGUGUUUCAAAGGGGAGGCCUCAGACACUGGACUCGUUGUUUGCGAACAUGAAGGAGCAGAGACUAAUAAAAGCUAGGGUCAGGGCUCUGAAUGGCCAAGCAGGCAGGAGACGCGUCCGUGUUCCUUCCAACAACUAUGUUGCUAAUAACCGCGGCAGGCCAACCCAGUGAAAACUUCGAUGGUUUAGAAAAACAUUCAGGGCCUUAGAUUGGCAGGUCGUUAGGGGUUGAAUUUUGGCAAUCCUGAUGAAUUGUCGAGGUUUUUUUCAUGCUCAACGUCUUGUUGACGUUUGCUACAUGCGGAAUUGGGAGGCGGUCAGCUGUGGGAAAGGCUUAUCGUGUGAUCUGGUCACGUAGAGCUCACUAAAUCAGGCACAAUCUACAAUUUGCAGUUUUCUUUUCCCUCGGAGGUUGUUAAUGUGUGGUGUGUUGUAAAAAAAAAAAAACGAUACUUGCCUUUUUGCUGUGUAGUCCAUUUGUCGAUGAGAACUGUUUAUGGGAGAAUGGCUUGCUUAAGGUGGGGAGGGGAAGUGGUUGGAGUUUCGCUGGGUUUCUCUACCUCGUUUUGAUUUUCAUAAUGUCUCAUUUUCCGAAGCACUUGACGUCAUCUGAGGGACUUGGAUUUGGGGUGGGGGCUUGACGUUUUCCCUACCCUGUUUGAAUUUCCAAGAGGGUCUUGGGGGAGAGGGAUUCUCCUUUCACGCUAAGUUGGACCAUUUGUAUAUAUGGGAAGGGAUAGUUUCUCCUGAUUGGCAAACGUCUUACAUGGAUUUCCCUGCCUUCUGAUGGUAAUAAAGUCUGACUAGUUUUCUUUGCUUGGCAUGCCCUA